AUGGUGUUUCCCUCCCCCCAGCUGGUAGUUUUGCGUGAACAAGAUUCUCAGCUGCAGAACAGCAAGAUUCUGUUACAGAAUGUAGAACGAGAAAAGAAACAGUUAGAGAAAAAAGUUAUGGAGAUCCAAAUGACAUUGGCCAAUUCACAGUCUAAUGAUAAGGUGGAAGGAUCAGAAUCUAAGAAAAUCCAAGAAGAUAAAGAAGCUUUGGAAGUACAGAUAGAGUUUUUGAACUCUGUGAUUGUGGACGUGCAAAGGAAGAAUGAUGAAUUAAAAUCCAAAUUAAAGAUCCUAGAAACUGGAGAAAUUCAGGAUGAUGGAGAUCUGAAUUUAAAUGGAAUCAAAGCAGUAAUCCCUCCACGGUUAUUUUGUGACAUCUGCGACAUCUUUGAUCUCCACGACACAGAAGACUGCCCUCAGCAAGUUAUGGAAGAGGUUUCACACUCACAACACCACGGUGAAAGACACCAGGAACGGCCAUACUGUGAGAACUGUGAAGUGUUCGGACACUGGCAAAGAGAAUGUGACA